AUGGCUAGGAGCAGGAAAAGGAGCCAGAAUGAGAAAUGGGAGGAGGAGGACAAGGACCAAGAACAGGAGGUGGAGGACAAGGACCAAGAACAGGAGGUGGAGGACAAGGACCAAGAACAGGUGGAGCAGGAGGACAAGGACCAAGAACAGGUGGAGCAGGAGGACAAGGACCAAGAACAGGUGGAGCAGGAGGACAAGGACCAAGAACAGGAGGUGGAGCAGUAUAGAGUGUACAAUGAGUUAGCAUUAACAAUGAAGAGGAGUGCGUCAGGUGGGGUCUCCCACACCCUCAUCAUACUCUACACUGACACCCGCUCCCUAUGUUAUGGUUCCCAUUGCUACAUAAGAUUAUGCUAUCAAGCUAUGCCAUAUACACUGAAAUAA